AAGACUGCUCCUUUUUUCGUGCUUUCUUUUUCUUAUUAUUCUUAUACACGGGGUGGCUGCUGUCUUCUCGCGGAUUCGUCCGAGCUCCGUCACUUCGCCGAGCUCUUCACGCUAAGGCAAAUUCCGCUGAAUUUCUUGCAUUGGAAGCCGACGCCCGAGCUCAAUUUCGUGAGGAGGAAACCUCGCGCGGCGUCACACACUGGAUGCAAAGAUAGGCUUUUGGCUUCCAGCGGUCUCCGGGCGGCAAGUGCAAGGGCAACCGCUAGGUUAAUGGAUUAAGCUAUGAGGAGCGUAUGCGUUGGAACUUCGUAGCUGGAUAAUGCCAGGCAUCCCUUUAGCGGCUCGUCAAACUUCAUAUUCGAGAAGUACAGAUCAGAUGUGCCGUCAAGACUCUGAGGCACAUUUAUCUGCGGAAGAGGAACUUGCUGCUGAAGAGAGUCUCUCGAUCUAUUGCAAGCCUGUGGAGCUCUACAACAUUCUUCAGCGCCGUGCUGUCAGAAAUCCACUGUUUCUUCAGAGAUGUCUGAGCUACAAGAUACAGGUGAAACACAGAAGGAGAGUACAAAUGACAAUUUCUCUGCCAACGACUGCAACUGAAGGUUUACAAUCAGCAAGAGUGCUUCCUAUGUAUGUACUGUUGGCGAGAUUAGAGUCCGAGGUUAACGGUGUGGAGCAUUCUGCAGAAUAUCGCUAUAGUCGUGCAUGUGUCUUGACCAGUUUCAUGGGAGCUGAGGAUGACACCUGUAGUCGGGCAAGUUUUAUUCUUCCCGAGAUCAAUAAACUAGCAUUGGAGGCCAAAUUAGGAUCUCUUUUCAUCUUGCUUGUGUGCUAUGCGGGACCUGAAAAAUCUCUUUAUGGAAAUGAUACAACCAAAACUCAACUGGAUGUAGCAGCUUAUCAACGAAAUGCUCCUGGAUUCUGUGUUUUUGGAAAAAUACCGAUGAAGUCUCUUUACUUAUUGUGGGAGAAGUCACCUAACCUGAGUUUGGGACAAAGAGCAGAGGUGACCUUUUCUGUUGAUAUGCACACUUGUCUGGUCAAGUGGAGACACUUAAAUGAAGACAGACACAUAUCUGUGCAAGUUCCAUAUAGCUCUGAAAUUCUGCAUGCACGAGAGCGUCUGCAUGUAAUCGUCGCUGCUGAAGAGGUUGGGGCAAAGGAGAAAUCACCAUAUAAUUCAUCCAUGUGCAAUGAUGUCAUCUCAUCAUCAUUCUCUCAUAUAAUGCGCUUGAGGGCUGGCAAUGUUAUUUUCAACUACAGAUAUUACAACAAUAAGUUGCAAAGGACUGAAGUGACUGAAGAUUUCUCUUGUCCUUUCUGCUUGGUUAAGUGCGCAAGUUUCAAGGGUCUGAGGUAUCAUUUGUUGUCAUCACAUGAUCUCUUCAAUUUUGAGUUUUGGGUAACUGAAGAGUUCCAGGCCGUUAAUGUCUCUGUAAGAACAGAUCCGUGUAGAUCUGAGAUUAUUGCCGAUGGUAUGGAUCCAAGGCUGCAAACUUUUUUCCUCUGCCUUAAACCGUUCAAGCGGAAAAGAUCACUCCACGUAGUUCAAAAUGCCAAGCAUGUCUAUCCACUGGUCUUGGAAUCAGAGUUACCUUCAGGAGUUACAAGUGCCACAGGACAAUCAUAUGCUGACACUGAUUGUGUUCAAUCAGUGUCAGCCAACAACUUUGCACCCCCUGCGAUGCUUCAGUUUGCAAAGACGAGGAAGUUAUCGAUUGAGCGAUCUGAGCCAAGAAACCGUCUCCUCUUGCAAAAGCGGCAGUUCUUUCAUUCACAUCGAGCUCAGCCUAUGGCCGUUGAACAAGUGAUGUCUGAUCGAGAUAGUGAGGAUGAAGUCGAUGAUGAUGUAGCUGACUUUGAAGAUCGAAGGAUGCUUGAUGAUUUUGUGGACGUGACCCAAGAUGAGAAGCGAAUGAUGCAUCUAUGGAAUUCAUUCGUGAGGAAGCAAAGGGUGCUGGCAGAUGGUCAUAUUCCUUGGGCAUGUGAGGCAUUUUCAAAAUUGCAUGGAGAUGACCUUGUCCGUGCACCCGCACUUAUUUGGUGUUGGCGACUCUUUUUGAUCAAGCUUUGGAAUCACGGCUUGCUCGAUGCCCGCACCAUGAACAAUUGCAAUAUCAUCCUGGAACAAUGCCAGAAUCAAGGGCCAGAUCCUAUGAAAAGCUAGACAGGAAGUGUAUCGCGACACAUCCGUGGCUGAUGAGCGUGGAGCAAGAGGAACGAUAGAAACGCGGACAAUUAUCUAACUUUCAUUGGUGAGACUGUGCAUCAAUUUUCUCAGAGUUUUUCUUUUCUUAUUUAGUUUUGAGGCAUCCUAAGGCCCAACUCUAUCUGUAAGUACGCUCUUUCAUCGUGCAACUUUGACAAGUCGUCAAUUUUAUAUCUACAUAGAAAAGUAAUCCAGUCGACGGAACGCAGCAGACACAUUGUCGCAAAAGCAAAGCAAUCAUCUUAUCUUAC